AUGAAGGAAAUCAAAGUCACAGCCCACCUAGAAGGGUUGUGCUUCCUCAGACUGAGAGGCAGCACUAUGCAGCAUACCAGGAUGGAACUUCAGACGUUAAUAUCAGUCAGAAAACGCAUCAUGGUGGUCAUCUUCUUCUACAUGACAUUAGAUAUAGAGAUGAUCUUAGCUGCGUGUUGUUUCAUAUUCUGGGUCGUGGACUUUUCAACAGGCUCUUCUCCCAGCGAGCAGGUCCACCAGACUCCAGCUGAUGCACUCUACAAACCCGGAGACACAGCCGUCAUCCACUGCUCCCACACCGUCGACAACUUUGAAAGAAUCUGUUGGUACAAGCAAUCAAACAACCAGUUGCAGCUCCUUGGAUACAUGGAUAUGAUAUUUGGAAGACCUGAGGAAAGUGUGAAUGUAAAAAUAAAUGGGAGUGCAGAAAAAGGCCAGAUCUGCACGUUAAUAGUGGAGGAACUCAAUGUGAACGGCAAUGCGGUUUACUUCUGUGCUGCUGGUUACCACAGUGCCGUAUGUCUCUGCACCCCACCACAAAAACAUUCGAAUAUCAAUAUCACCGAGCCGACCGUGAAAAUUCUUCGCCCCGCACAAAAAGAGAUCAGGAACAAACGGGACGACGCAGAGAAGAAGACCCUGGUCUGCGCGGCCACGCGUUUCUAUCCGGACCACGUCAGCAUCUACUGGCAAAUCAACGGGGCAGAUGCCACCGAUGGCGUGGCGACUGACCACGCGGCCGUCCAGGGGAACGACUCCUUCUACAGAAUCACCAGCAGGCUGAGGGUCCCUGCCCAGAAAUGGUUCUCCUCCAAGACUAAAUUCACCUGCGCAGUCAGGUUCUUCAAUGGAUCUGCGUACAACUGGAGCAAUAAAACGAUAAGUGGGGAUAACGUUGGGUACAUGAGGCUCACACAGAACGCCAAACUCUCCUACACCGUCAUCAUCGUCAAGAGCUGCAUCUACGGGGCCUUUGUGUGCUUCCUGGUGUUGAAGCUUCAGAUCUCUGGUAGAAAGCAGAACAAGCGGGAGCAGAGCUGA